UGAAUGGGUGACGCAGAAGAGGAAGUGGGUGUGAAUGUUGACAGUUGGUGAAGGAAACCCAAUAGGCUACGUCUAUUUCUCUGUUUCCUUUCCUUGUUUUCUUUCAGUGGCAGUCUCCUGCUGUCACUUCCCCAUAAUUUUAAAAGACUCCACUAAAUUCCAGCGAAGGAACUUCCCUUUAUUCUGCAGCAUCUUGUUUCGCCAGGAUCGUCUGCUUCAACCUCUGCAGCCUUUCUCUCUUCCGUCUUUUACAGGACUUGUACCGUCUGAAGGAUCAGUUCGUAUAUGGAAGCUAUGCCUUCAGCGAAAAAAGGCGGAAACAUCUUCGGAUCGAUAUUUCAUGUAUCUAGAUAUCGUUCUGCAGUCGUUGGAUUUGUGUGUGUGUGCCGCCAAUGCUGAUCAGAGAUACCCAAGUCGCAGAAUAGUGAUCCUGUAGGGAGCGCAGUAAAGGGGCGUGUCGGCUGUGAAAACGCGAAGUUAAACGCUCAGGUUGGAAUACAAUCGACGCACUACUGGAGACGCCAACUGCGGGUCUAAUGCUAUAGGAUCGUCCCUCUCAGAGACCCUUUGUUUCUUUAUGGAAGAAAUGAAAAGCCUUUCCAAGCGCUCGUCGAGGAAUCUUUUUCAAGGACCCAUUUUCAUUCAAGGCGUUCAGCUAAGUUGCGUUUUUGGAUAAAUUGCCGAUAAUGAAAGUGCCAUUGAUAAUUUGUUACAUAUGUUGUAGAUUGUGGCUCCCGGCCACCAAUUUUCAAUGUGUAGACCUAGUAAAUAAACUAGUUGAUCAUCAUAGGUCUGUUGUACAACUAUUAAUGCGUUAAAUAAGCCUUCCAUUGAUUUGACUUUUAUCUUCUGUGGAAUCCUUUUUUUAACUCGUUAUCGCUGCUGAAGUGAAAGGGAAUAGCCUGAAGUAAUAGGGAAUUACCCCGUGGUAAGGCAAUACAGAGCUUCUUUAUUUUCUAUGUUUCACAAUUAUUGCACAUAUCAAAGGCAUCAAAUUAGUGCGGUAACGCCAUAAGCAUAUGUUGCAUUUAAUUAAAUACUGAGUGUUAGAGCUUGAGUGUUAGAGCUUGUGUUUAUUUUAUUGGUAAUGUCUGACUGUGCAAAGUAUUGGCUCUGGUGACAGUCGGACGAGAGUCUUUUUUCGUGGAAGUUACCAAACUUGCAACUGUUAGGCCAACGACAUGACCAACACGGCUGAGGUCUACGACAGUCGUGACAUUGUGGAGAGAUUUCUCCACGAAAAACUCGAGGAUAAAGGCAUCACCUGGGAGUUCCACUUACCGAGUCAGCAUAGCGGGAGAACACUUCCAUCAUCUCCUUCAUCCACAACAUCAGCACCAUCAUCGUCACACGCUGGAAGCGUCAACCCACGCAGGAGGGUUUCGGCGUCCUCUAGCGGUGAAGAGGGGGGAUCCCCAGAAGACUCCCCCGUGGCCUGGCGGCCGCAGUACGGGGCCCCGUCCUGGGGCCGGAGGAGCCGGCCCCGCCUGCAGGCGGUGCUGCAGCACCGGGGCUCGGAGCUCCGCCGCAUCUAUCAGCAGGACCUGUCCCAGGUGUCGGCUCACCUGCUCCGCCUCUCGGCCGGCGCGGCGAGGGCAAGCCUGCGCGCCAUCAGCGGCGAGCUGUUCGGGAACGGGGUGAACUGGGGCCGCGUGCUGACCAUGCUGGAGUUCGGAGCCACCCUGUGCGUGGACGGGGCCCUGGAGGGGGCCAGCUGGAGCGCUGAUGACGUGGCUGCCUGGUUGGUGGAGAGCCUCGACGGCCCCGUGCUCCGGGACUGGAUCCAAGACAACGGAGGAUGGGAUGCCUUUGUGGAGCAGUACGACCCCGCCAGGCCUCCAGAGGGCUGCUGGUCCGUGAGGAAGGUGGUGGGCCUGGUGGUCCUGGGAGCUGCUGGGAUCACACUAGGGGCCCUCUUCACCCAGAAAUAAGAGAGGCUCCAGUAUGACUGCACUCAAGUUCUCUCUACCCUCUCUGGCUACCUCUCUCUCUCUCUCUACCUCCAUCUCUCUUUCUAUUGUUAUUCUCGGUUUCUAUUUCUUUAUUGUAUUUUUCUCUCACUGUCUUUCCAUCUCUCUCUGUUUAGGUGUCUCUCUCCCUCUCUCGUCCUCCCUGUCUCUCUCUCCGUCUAUAUGUACUUCGGCCCCACUCUCUCUGCCUAUCUCUCUCUCUGUCUCUCCCUCUCUCCCUCCUCUCUCUGCAUUGAAGCAGCCUCGCCCAUCCCUGACAGAGGGGAGGUUGGAGGGGGAAGAGAGGCGCACGGUGUGCCGGGGAGAUGAACCCUGUGUAGACCGUGCAGCUGCUCACCCUUAUCCCACUGAAUAAACCCUGGGGCUCAUUAAGAGCUCACUGCAGCGCAGCGCUCCAGUGGGAACACAUUGGAGACGUUGGUUUACUGCAGAGAAUAAACUCAAGGAAACCGUGAAUGUUCACACUUCAAGAACCCUCCUCCGGUCUUCUCUGCACUCGACCGACUGCAUGGAUCUGUUUGCUAAUUAUUUUGUGUAUUGUCCUUUUUAUGGAUUAGUUUCAGAUCAGUUUACAAUCAAGGGACCACGAACACGUGCUGUUUUAUCGUCUUUUGUAUUUUAUGGUACUGUCAUGUUUUUUUUGUUUCUCAAGAAACAUUUGUUGAACUUUCACCGUCUGUUUGUCUCUCAAGCGAUUGCACUGCCUCCAUGGAUUCUGAAUGUUGCUCAUGAGUGAUGUUGCCUACUUUUUAUAAUAUUUUUUUUAUUUGAUUGUUUUCUGGAGGCCUUAAUUACCUAACGGCCUUCUUGUUUCUAAAACCUAGCUGGGGGGGAACUGAAUACAACCGAGCUAGCGUUUACAACCAAGAUGGUUCCGAGGUGAACAAGGCCCAUUUACGAAUUUUAAAGUAUUGUGGUGUUGUUCAAUCAGUUAUCACGUCAAGGCAGUAUACCCCCACGGUGCUGGCAAAAUGUAAAAACACAUCAUUAUGUUUGUUCCGACUUUCCGACAACACAGAGGAAAAAGUUUUCCGCCACCAAAAUGCAGAAUAUUUUGAAAUUGCAUCUGAAUACUCCGCCCUUGUUGUGCUGUGGUUGGGUCCAAAUUAUAGUAUAUUGAUGUAAAAGCAGAUGCUGAUAUGUUGUAUAUAUAACAAAAACAAUCAUUAUGGUAUUACAAUUUAAUACAAUUAAAACGUAAAGUCAAAUAACAACAGUUCUCUUUCCCUGAUUCUAGUGUCUUGCUACUGUCUGAUUUAAGGAGUGGUGAUAACAUUGAUAACAUCUACUCAUCUGAUUGCUCCUGACAAAGGGCCGUGUACUGCUGGAAGCUGGUCGUAUGAGGAUGAGGGGUCUGUGCCUUUAACAGGUCUGUGUAAUUACGUCAGCGAACAAUUACAUCAGUUUGGACGUGACCUUAUGCAUCAUUCCAAUUCUAAAUGAAUUGUGUCUCCUUGGACAUUUGACAAUGUUGUUCAGUGCAAUCCUAUAGCACAAACUGGGUAAUAUUCUGAAGUCCAGAGUCACCUUCCUUAAUUUCCUGAUCAUCAUAUUUGGCAUUCAUAAUAAUGCCGAAAAAAAAUCAUUUUUUUGUUAUUUUUAGAGAAAGUUGUACCAAUUUGACCAAUAACUUACUUUCACCUUGAAAAGCAUGAUGCUAACAGCAUUACAUGGUAUACAAUUAGUCUAGCAACAGGAGCCCAAAGAGAAAUGCAUUUUGGGAGUUGUGGUUUCCACUGACUACGAAAUGGUCAACCAGGGAAAGAACACCAAUUUUCCCUCUGAUGGAUAAAUCAGAACAUGAGUUUUGCUGAUCUGUUGAAUACAUAUUUCUAUAGCAAGCGAGCUUGCCUUUUUCUAAUUCUCAAUAUUGUCUCGCGUGUUAUGAUGAUUGUGUUGAUUUUUGAAUUUCAUGAAGCUGCAUGUUAAAGAUCUGAUAAGCAUGGAUCCAUUUAAUAAAUACAACCUGCAGGA